AUGGAGGGAGAGGUAUACAAUCUUAUGGUAAAUUUGAGCAUAGCUUUGGCAUCUCUCCUCUAUUCUCAUAGUGUUGGGAUGUUUAUUGCAAAAGGGGCAACUAGAUUCUUGGCUCUUUUUCCUGUCAUAUUUAUCUUUCUAUGUCUUCCCUUAAAUCUCCAAACGGUGUUCUUUGUUGGACCAACCUCUUUCUUCAUGACAUGGCUCGGAAGCUUCAAGAUCAUUCUUUACGCCUUUGGUCAAGGCCCUUUAUCUUCACACCCACCUCUCCCUUUAUCUCAUUUCAUUGCUAAUGCUUGUCUUCCUAUCAAGAUCUUAAAAGAUCAUGAAUCUCCAUCCCAUCAAACCACCAAGAAAUCCCACAUAGAUUACGUUCCAAGGGUUCUGUUGUUUAUCUUUGUAAUUAAAGCAUAUGGUUACAAAGACUUUCUUCACCCGUUAUUGAUCACGGCUUGUCUUGCCUAUUACUUUGUCUUCAUGCUCAUACAAUUUCUUGCAGCACUUGCGUUUUUGGUUCGAACGCUAUUUGGGGUCAAGCUAGAACCACAAUUCGAUGAGCCUCAUCAUUCUACAUCUGUACAAAACUUUUGGGGAAAAAGGUGGAAUCUCAUGGUGUCUGAUACACUACGCCCUACAGUCUACCAUCCAGCUCGUGCCAUUUUUAGACAUCUGGUUCCUGAAAGAUGGGUAUCAGUGCCAGCUGUGCUCAUAACGUUUCUAGUGUCUGGGCUUAUGCAUGAGUUGAUCUUCUAUCACCUUGGUCAAUAUACGCCAACAUGGGAAGUCACUUGGUUCUUUAUAAUUCAUGGGAUUUGUGUAGGCAUGGAGAUUGUGAUGAAGAAAACCACGGGUCAGAGGUUUGAGCAACCACCUGUUGUGACCUGGCUAUUAACUUUGACAUUUAUAACGAUUACUGGCUUGUGGUUGUUCUUUCCACCAUUCUUGCGGUUAGAUCCGUGUGCUAGAGUUUGUAGAGAGACCAUGGCGUUUAUAGGGUUCUUUAAAACUGGUCAUCUACUUGGGCCUAACGAGUAUGCAUGUCGUUUUAUAUAA